GAACUUUCACUGUAUAAACUUAAACUUGAGUGAAAUAAAACUUAAUUUUGAUCAAAACAUUAAAAAAAGUUAAGAAACAAGUAACUUUGUGAAAUAUGACGGAACAAGCAAUGGAAAACCUUAAACUAGGCGAACUUUAUACUUCAGAGAAACGUGGAAAUGAUGAAAGUGGUGAUGGUUCUGAGAAGAAUCCAUUCAAAACGAUUAUGCAGGCUAUGAGACAUGCCGGAAAAGAACCUUUUCCAACAAUUUAUGUUGAUUCAAAGGACGAAAAAUCUGCAAACUUGUUUGAACCAGCAGCCAAAUCUCAACUUAAAAAGAUUCAAAAACUAUGGGUACGUGAAACUCACAAAUCUGCUGAAAAAUCUAAGAAGGAAAUGGAAGAUGCACUCAAACGUGAACAAAAUCUUGAAGAAGCUCGUAAAAUAAAAAUUUCUCAAGAUCCAUCAUGGCCAGUGGCCAAACAUAUUCGAAUCGAUCAAGGCGAACAAAACCGUGGUGUUCGUGUAAAGAUCAAUGGCUGGGUUCAUCGAUUGAGACAACAAGGAAAAGGACUUAUGUUCAUCACUCUACGUGAUGGCUACGGUUUCCUUCAAUGUGUGCUUACCAAUUUACUAUGUCAAACGUACGAGGCAUUAGUACUUUCAACGGAAUCAUCUGUUUCCCUAUACGGUGUUCUGAAAGAAGUUCCUGAAGGUAAAACAGCUCCUGGUGGACAUGAGCUUGAAGUCGACUUUUGGGAACUUGUUGGCUUGGCACCUGCUGGUGGUGCUGACAAUGUUCUUAACGAAGAUGCUCAUCCUGAUGUUCAACUUGACAAUCGUCAUAUGAUGAUUCGUGGUGAAAACACUUCAAAGAUUCUGAAGAUGCGAAGUGUGGUAAUGCAAGCAUUUCGUAGUCAUUACUUUGAUCGUGGAUACACUGAAGUUACUCCACCAACCAUGGUGCAAACACAAGUUGAAGGUGGAUCGACACUUUUCAAGUUCGACUACUUUGGAGAAGAAGCAUAUUUAACACAAAGUUCACAACUUUAUCUCGAAACAUGCGUUCCAUCUUUAGGUGAUGUUUUCUGCAUUGCUCAAAGUUAUCGAGCUGAACAGUCACGUACAAGACGACAUUUGGCUGAAUACAGUCACGUUGAAGCUGAACGAGCUUUUAUUUCUUUUGACGAUUUACUUGAUACGCUUGAAGAUUUGGUUUGCGAUGUCGUUGAUAGAGUUUUAAAGUCACCUUACGCACAAAUUGUGAAAGAUUUGAAUCCUGAUUUUAAGCCUCCGAAACGACCAUUCCGUCGAAUGGAUUAUGCUGAAGCUAUUGAAUGGUUGAAGGCCAACAAUGUUACGAAAGAUGAUGGAAGUUUCUAUGAGUUUGGUGAAGAUAUUCCUGAAGCACCUGAACGAAGAAUGACUGACACAAUCAAUGAGCCGAUCAUGUUGUGUCGCUUCCCAGCAGGCAUUAAAGCUUUCUACAUGGCGAAAUGUCCCGAAAAUGAAGCACUCACUGAAAGUGUCGAUGUUCUCUUACCUGGUGUUGGAGAAAUUGUCGGUGGAUCAAUGAGAGAAUUUGAUAAUGAUAAGCUUAUUGCUGCUUAUCAUCGUGAAGGCAUCGAUCCAGCUCCUUAUUAUUGGUACACUGAUCAACGUGUUUACGGAACAACUCCACAUGGCGGAUACGGUUUGGGAUUGGAACGUUUUCUCUGUUGGCUUUUGAAUCGCUACCACAUUCGUGAGGUUUGCUUGUAUCCAAGAUUCUUGGAAAGAUGCCGACCUUAAACUUCUCAAAAUUUCGCUUUUAUGUCAUUUCCUGAAAUUGCUGAAUAAAAACACUUUUCAAUGAAACUUGGAA